AAUUCAGAGGAAGAAACAGUACUGAUAUAAAUAGGCAGAUAAUUUUAUCACUGAUCAUAUUGUCAGUUUUAGUGAGUUCACUCUCAAGUCUGGAACAAUGUUUGCACGUGGAGUCAUCGUCCUUCUCUGUGUCCUAGUGGCCGUAUCUGAUGGAGAGAGAGCACCUGACUGCAAGCCUAACCCGUCUAAUGCAUGCCCAGAGAUCUAUAAACCCGUGUGUGGAUCUGAUGGAAAAACAUACAGCAAUGAAUGCGAACUGUGUGUUGCCAUCAGGGAAUCAGGAACUGAAAUCUCUAUUGUGAAGGAAGGCAAAUGUGAUCAAUUUCUACAGCCUGACUGCAAGCCUAACCCUAAACCUAAACCUGAGUUUAUCGUGUGCACGAUGGACUAUUCACCCGUGUGUGGAUCUGAUGGAAAAACAUACGGCAAUAAAUGCCUGCUGUGUGCUGCCAUCGAGGAAUCAGGAACUGAAAUCUCUAUCGUGAAGGAAGGCAGAUGCGAUGAAGAUCUGCUUGUGUGACACAGGAAUGGCAGCAUAAUUCAGCUUGACAGACCUUUAGUCAGCAUUAUUGUGUCUCAUUCAUUAUAACCUGAAUGUGUAACGGUUUAAUCCUUAAAUAAAUGCUGCAUAUUGAA